AGAAAAGUUUCUAUUCUCGGUACCUUCUGCCUCGAUCUACUCAGAAUAAUUAGCGAGUUAAAAAGCUGAUGAUCAUAGGCCUACCUAGUUCUUAAUGGAGAACAGCAGCUGCUCUCUUCCCUCUGAUGAAGUGCUGGCCAUUAUAGUGCCCAUUGCGGUCUACUGGGUCUACUCCGGCUUCCACAUGAUGCUCGGAUCCCUCGACAGGUAUCGUCUCCACCCGCGGAAAGACGAGGACCUCAAGAACCUCGUCUCCAAGCGCAGCGUCGCCGUCACCGUUCUCUCCCAACAACUUCUUCAGGCCGCGGUGGGCAUCGUCCUAUUUAAGCUCACCGGCGGGGGAGACCAAAAGGAGGCCGGCGACGGUGCCCAUGUACAGACCGCCUCGUGGGUCGCGGUCGCGGGCCAAUUCUUCGUGGGGAUGUUCGUGGUCGACUCGUGGAUGUACUUCUGGCACCGGUACAUGCACCUCAACAGGUUCCUGUACAAGCACGUCCACUCGUGGCACCACCGCCUGGUGGUCCCCUACUCCUUCGGCAGCCAGUACAACCACCCGGUCGAGGGGUUCCUCAUGGACACCCUCGGCGGGGCCCUCGCCUUCCUGGUGUCGGGCAUGACCCCGAGGACGUCGAUAUUCUUCUUCUCGUUCUCGACGGUGAAGGGGAUAAACGACCACUGCGGGCUCUGGAUGCCCCUCAACCCCUUCAACGUCUUCUUCUGGAACAACACGGCGUACCACGACGUGCACCACCAGCUGUACGGGAGCAAGUACAACUUCUCCCAGCCCUUCUUCAUCACGUGGGACAAGAUCCUUGGGACCCACAUGCCCUUCACCGUCGAGAAGAGGGAGUCCGGCGGGCUCGAGGCCCGACCCAUCAAGCCCAAGCGCGCUAAUUAAUUACUCAUGAGUGGUGAAUCACUAUGUUUGUAUUUUUGGGUUGUUUUGUUCAAUGUACUUAUGAACAUAUAUGAGCCAGUAUCAAUCGCGGCUCCCUAAUCUGUAUUCAUUCACAAUAUUUUAUCAAUC